AAAUUCUCGUCGGCAAACCGUAUAUACGUCACAGAAAUUAUUACGAUAAAGGUCGCUUUGCGACCAGACAGACACGACGAUUCAUACCAGGGCAAAUGAUGCGAAGGCUUUUGCGCAAAGAGUUUGAAUCGGACGUGGCCAUUUUACAACUGGGUGAAUUAUCGAUAACGACAGUCAGAUAAUGUUGUUAUUCACACAAAUAUUGACCAAGUAACUAUUUAUUCUUCCGGAGAAGUGGUUAUAACGUGGUUUGUCUCGAUAGAACUCGUCGCUGCUAUAAUGGCCGUCAGGAGAGGGAAGUUCCGAGCUUUCUUGAAGUCCAAGAAUCCCACAGAUGAAAGCCACGAUGAAAAAAAUUCCUUUACAAACACUCAAGAUAUUGAAAUCGAAGUGGAAGUCUCAGUUGGACCAAGAGGAGAAAUUAGCGACGCAGAUGUAGAAAUCGCUGGUGGUAACGAUCAGCCUUACAUUCCAGGGAAUCCUGGACUUUUCAUCACUGAUAUAAGACCUGGAGGCGAGGCGGACAAACUUUUGAGUCCUGGAUGUCAAAUAGCAAAGAUUGAAGAUGUCGAUGUUACAAAUGUACCCCGUCAAGUGGCUGACAAUUUGCUCGAGUUUGCUGAUAAAUGGGCACGGCUACAUGUCAGGAUGCCCAAAGGCUUAGACGAGGUCUCUGAGGUGUCUUCAAAAGUGGUUUCUUGGGGAACAGUGACCUUUGACACUGACAACAGCGACUCAGGAGUCGGGAGUACCAGUGGAAUGUUGGAAAAGGAAUUCAAAUCAAACUUAGACGCAAGCGAGAAAGUUACUGUGAAAAUUGCGGUUGGACUUUGGGGACAACUUUUGCCUCUUGAUUUUGAGAUAUACGGGGGACAGGAUGAAAAGUCAAUAGACGGAGAUACGGGAAUCUUCAUUAAGGAGAUAAAAGAAGGCAGCUCAUUGUCGAAAGACGUCAAAGUCGGAGAUAAAAUUGUUAAGGUUAAUGGUAUUGACGUCACAAAUGUUCCUCAGCACGCGUUCUUCAACUUAUUACGUGGCGCUGACAAAGUUGUUAAGAUGCAAAUCGCGAAGACUUCUGUCGCAAAGGAUGAUACAGAAAUUCAGGUUUUCGAAGAUGAGGAAACUGGGGAGAAUGAAAGAAUUAUAGAAAUUUCAACUGGUCCUAAAGGACGGAUUGGUAAACUUGGAUUGAAGAUCAAUGGUGGACGAGAUAGGCCUGUUGUACCAGGAGAUCCCGGGAUUUUCAUAACAGCUGUCAAAAGGGGAAGUUUAUUGAAAAGAGUCAUUGGCCCUGGAGACAAAAUCCUUAAGAUUGAUGGUGCGAAUGUAACAAACGUUCCAUUAAGAGUUGCUUUCGACAAGAUAAAAGAAGCAGACAGACGAGUGAGGCUACACAUCAAAAAAGCGGAUACCAGUGAGCAUGACAUUUCGGAAAGAAAACGAAAGAGUUUCGCGCAGCAGGCCGCGAGGUCUUUUUCUGAAGAGCAGUUGCAAGAAUACAAGACAGCAUUUUCAGUGUACGAUAGAACAGGAUCGGGUAAAAUAUCUCUGAAACAAGUCAUGCAACUAUGUCGUUCGCUUGGCUAUAAUCUCACAUCAACCGACAGGGAUGUCAUCACUACUGAAUAUAGCCUAACAGGUGACGGUAAAAUCUCUUUCCUGGAUUUCAUUCCGAUAAUAACCAAAAUCAGCUCUUUUCAUCAAAGCGAUUCAGAUCUGAUGGAUGCAUUUGAAGUGUUCGACCGAGAGGAGAAGGGUUUUUUCAGACUACAUGAGCUUGAAGACGCUUUAAAAAAAAUGCCGGGUUCGGAAGGGAUGACAGAGGACGAACUUGCGGACAUUCUUCAGUUAGCAGAUCCCGAUGGUGAUGGACAUGUUAUCUUUGAAGAAUUCCAAAAUCUCAUGUUGCCUCUCUUCAACCAAAUGUGUAAACAUUCCAUUUCUGAUAUUCGUUGUCGGGACGUGACGAGGAAAACAGCUUCGAGCCAUAUGGGACUGACAGAAUCAACACCGUGGAGUUCUCCAGAAAACAGAGCUGAAACAUUACAACAAGAUGGAGCAGAAACAUCAUCAUUGAACGAGAAAUCAAAGAGGCAGGAACGACAACAGGAUCCACGUUCUGUUGAAAUGAUCGUUGAGGUCAAUGCAACCCCUGAUGAGCGUGCGCAAGACCGAAAUAUUGCUGAGCACACGUUUUAUGGGGUAAAGGGUCACCUAAGACCAGAGAACAACAACAAGCCCGAAACAAAGAACAAAAAAAUGCUGCAUGCUGCAAAAAUGGUUCAACAAAUGACCAACGUUACGACAUUCCUUUCUUCGUUAAAAAAAGAGCCAGACUAUGUUUUUGUGGACAUUCCAAAGCAUCCUGACGACCGGGCAGCUGACUUAGGAUUUACCUUACAUGGUGGUACUGGUAGUCCUGUCAUUCAUGGAGAUCUAGGUAUUUUCAUCGACAAGGUGAUUCCCGGCAGCCUGGUGGACAAAAAGCUGAGUCCUGGGGAUAGAAUACUAUCAAUAAACGGACUCAAUGUCACUAAAGUACCGCUGACAUACGCACGCCAGGCAGUGAGAAAAGCUAGGGGAACGGUCAAACUUUACGUCAAGAAAGCCCCAAAAAGACAGCAAAUAGUUAACAAAGCCAUAAGGAAAGAGAACGAACAAGACGUUCCCUUGUUCAGCGACGAGCAGAUCGAAGAGUUCGAAGAUGCUUUUUCCGUUUACGACGUACAGGGCACAGGAAGAAUCAAACUAGGAGCCGUUUUUCCUCUGAUUCGUUCACUGGGAUACAAUCCUCUCGAGGCAAAAGUUUGGGUCUUUAUGAAUGAACUGGACUUAACAGCAAACCGGAAAUUGAAGUUUGAAGAAUUUGUAAGACUAAUGGAGGUCUUAAUAAUUGAUGAAAACGAAAACGAAGAACCCUCGCUCGAUUCAAUCCGGGUAUUUGACCCAGAAGAACUCGGCUUCAUCGGCUCCGAAGAUCUGAAGAUUGCUCUGAAAAGCAUGCCGGGAAGUGCUUACAUGAGUGACUUCGAGCUACGAGAUAUUCUUCAAAAAGCUGAUCCUGACAAAGAUGGAAAGAUAGAUAUUCAAGUGGAGAUCUCAAAGGACCAUAUCAAAGCCGAGGCCAAAGAGAACUGGUGCAUAAAAUGGAACGGUAACAAUGAAAUGAAAAGCCUCAGACUUCAUAAAUCUUAG